AUGCAAACACUAAGUCAUUAUGAAGCAAUGGCUGAGGAGGUCAGAAAAAUAAUGAUAUCAGGAAAGCCAAUACCUCCCGAUUAUUAGGAGGUUAUCGAGGAGUUCCUGCCUACUGAAGACAAAUACCCUUCUAGAAGAGUCAUUACUAUUUAUGAAUAUCCAGACAGCAAUCCCGCUUUAUUUUUGGAGAACAAGAGGGGAUUUCGAUUGCAAUUCAUGUUCCUCUUCCUUUCAAAUGAGUUGGCUGCUCAGUAUUGAAAUUUAUUCAAGUAGGUUUUACGAAGACGUUAUGAACAAUGGACCCCUCAAAUGGUAGAUUGCUAGAUUCUAUCUAGAGGUGGCAGAAAAUGUGGUAUUCAUCAAGACCAGAGGACAGAGGGCGACAAAUAUGUUGUAAAAGAUUCAGCAUGGGAUACAGACUCAACCUUUGUGUGUGUUUCAUUAUAAUAUGAAAAUGAGGGUAAUUGAUAUUCAUAAUUGAUAGACACUUUUGCACAUCCUAGAGCAAGGCAAUUGGUGUAUUAGAGUAGUGUGGGGUCCAGCUGUAGACGUGCCUUUGCAUGGAGGAGAUGCAGAAAAGGUGGAGAAUGUAAUUGCAAAGACAGAACCCAAAUUAGAAAUACAGAAGAAGGAGGAGAUGGAGUAGGAAGUUAUAAAGAAAGUUUAGAUCAAUGAAGAGGAGAUCAAAAACAAGAGUUCCUUUUACAUCAAGCCUAUUGAAUAUUACAGUAGAUUAGCAGAGUAGACUGUGCAGAAGUUGAGGGAUGAGAAUCAGAAGAAGAAAGCAUGA